AUGGCGGAUGUUGAAACAAAAUAUCCGUUGGGUUCUCCAUUACAGCAUGUAAAGAUUUGUGAGGAACAUGAUUCAAUCAUUGACAUUCUGUGUGAGGAAUGUUAUGCAUUUAUUUGUUCUAUCUGUGCAAGAUUAAACCAUAAUGGUCACAACUGGGUAACCCAAGCCACGGCAGCAUUACAAAGAAGAAGAGGAAUCCAUGAAUAUCUUCAUAAUGUAAAGGAAGAAAAAAUAUCAAAGCUUGACGAAGAGAUGCAGAAGAUGGUGUCACAGAUGGAAGAAAAUGAGAGUAUGUGUGACACUCAGGUAAAAGACUUACAAAGGCACUAUGAUGAUAUCAUACUCAAACUAACAGAUAUCAAGAAAAAUCAAGAAGAUGUACUGAAAGACAAUCUAAGGAAAACGAAUGAAAAGAUGAAGAAUGCAAAACAUAAUUUAGAAAAGAUAAGGAAAUCUAUAAUUGACAUUAUGGAUUUCAUGGCGGAAAACAAUAGUACCAUGUCUGAUUUCAGCUUGAUUGACAAUCACAGACAACUUGAAGAGUUAUUAUGUGAAAUGAACAGAUAUUUUCAUAAGUGUGGAAAUACAGCAAAGUACAUUAGAGGGGAAUACACGCAGGAUAUGCUGGAGUUUAUGAUUGGACAUAUAGUAGAAUUAGAUGACAUUUGUCAUGCUGAAACAAACUCAUUCAAAUAUGUGGAAGAUGGAAUUGCUUUUUUGCAGAAAGGAAGUCAAACGAGGCUCUUUACAUGGCCUAUCAGAGUCUUGCAAAAUAGGAACACUGAUAUUUGUGUUGUGAACCUUACCAGCGACACAACAGGUGAAAUUGUGAUUGUGACAUCUUCUGGUCAUCUGAAGACUGUAUACAGUGGACAGGAUUUGAUAGGAAGAUUUUGUCCAUUUAACAUAGAAUGCGACAUCCAUUCAAACAUUCUUGUUACUGACCCCACAAACCACACUGUCCAUUUACUGAGUCCUGACGGGGAGUUCCUGAAGUAUCUACUGACAGAAAGAGAAGUGACUUGUCCAUCUGCCAUGUCGCUACAUAAAUCUACACUGUGGAUUGGAGAUUUUAAGGGCGCGUAA